AUUUGCAUGAUUGAAUCUACUCCUUAAUCUAAUGUCACAAAUUCAAAAAGUGAUGAAAUUAAUAUUCUCUCCCUCAACAGAAAGCGCAGCAACAACUCUUCUUGCUAGCUCCAUUAUCUUUACACUGCUGCAUCAUCCCAAGUUUUAAUUUUAAUUCCUAAACCAAACAAAAUCACUAUAUAUAGAGCCACAUUUCCUAUUUGCAAUGCAUCACAAAACAGCUCUUGCUCAAUCUUCAUUCAUUAAUUCCAAACCAAGAAAAGAUCAAUGGAGAAAAGUGAGGCCGCCACCAUCGAAAUGGGCGACACAAGCCGGGAAAGCAAAGGGAAAGCGCCUCUUCUCGCCGCCGCCGUCCACCACAAUCGUGCGGCCGCCGGAUACAAGAGGGGCGCCGCGGUGUUCGACCUCAUCCUCCGCGUGUGCGCGGCGGCGGCAGCUAUGGCCGCCACCAUCACGAUGGCGACCACGGAGCAGACGCUUCCCUUCUUCACUCAGUUCUUCCAGUUCCAAGCCAGCUACGACGAUCUCCCUACUUUCUCAUUCUUCGUUAUAGCGAUGGCGGUGGUCACCGGUUACCUAAUUCUGUCGGUGCCUUUCUCCAUUGUGUGCAUUGCUCGCCCUGCUGUGAUGGGGGCCCGCCUCCUACUCAUUGUUUGCGACACAUUGGCAGUUACCUUGGCUACUUCAGCGGGGGGUGCGUCGGCGGCGAUAGUGUACCUGGCCCACAACGGCAACUCCGACGCCAAUUGGCUCGCUAUAUGCCAGCAGUUCAAUGAUUUCUGCCAGAGGGUCAGCGGCGCCGUCGUCGCCUCAUUCGUCACCGUCGUCUUGCUCAUUUUCUUAGUCGUCAUCUCCGCCGUCGCUCUCAGGAAACAUUAAUCUCGGAUUUGCCUUUUACAUGUCCAAUUGUCUAUUGUUUGCUGUCAUUUUUAUUUCUAUUUUGUUUCUCAUCUCUAUUGUUGUAUUUCUGCAAAUAUUGUAACUCAAUCACAUUAUACCACAUUUGUUUGCAUCA